AUGUUCCCCACCGGUAAUCCAUCUUUCACGACACCCAACGCUCAGCAAAAUGCCAAUAAUGGUAUGAACUUGGCAGCACUUUAUUUACAUCCAUCGCUGGGCAUAACAAAUCAGGCAUAUACCCAAUUUUAUCAGCAGGCUCAAGGCCAAGCGCAGUUGACCCAACAGCAGCAACAGCAGCAGUUACAAUGUCAGUUCGAGCAACUGGUCGUGGCCCAAGCUGCACAGAAUGCCCAUGUUCAUUUGCAGGCAAUUCAGCAGCAGCAACAACAGCAUGCAUUUCAAAAUCAGCAAGCCCAAGCACAGAAUCAACAGAAAAUGCAACUGGCACAACACCAAGCACAACUGCAACAAACUCAAGCGCAAGCUGUUCAAAUACAACGCCUGAAUGCAUUAAGGCAGAGCAAUCAGCAUAUGUCUCAGUCCCAUUCGAUCCGGGGAUCUACACCCGGUGUUGUGAAGUCUCGUCAGGAGCUCCAGGCUGAAGCGGAUGCGCGCCGGCGACGUUCAUUAAUCGCUGAUUUUAUGGUUGCUCCUAAUUCGGCUACGUUUUUAGAUGAAAGGAGACGUUCGGAUUCUAUCGGUGGUGGUGUAUUCGGUGAAAUGAGGAAAUCAGAAGCAAUGGGUAGUGAAUUCAACGUGAUCGCUGAUGAAACAACUGAACGCAAGAAGAAUUCAAUCACCGACCACUUAGAAGCAGUUGAGAAAGAAAAAAAACUUGUCGAUAGCCAAAUUACUAUUAUACAACGGAAAAAAGAACAGUACGAGAAUGAAUUGGCUAAGAUAUCAAGUGAUAGCACCGAUAAUGAUAAAGAAAAUGAUGACACUGCUGAAGACAUUGAUUCUAUGAGCUUGGUUGAGAGAAUUUAUGCCGAAAAUCGAAAGAAAGCACUUCGCUGUGAAGCUCAAAUGCCCCCUCUUUUGGCACCUUCAGCUGCAACAAUUCCACAAUAUCGAAAUCCGUGGGAUAGUCCUUUGGUGCAACAAACGAUUGAGCGAUAUAAAACGGUAAAGCCGUACUUGGUGAAAAUGCUAACGGAGCAUCGGCAAAACGAUUUAUUAGCGCAAAAAUAUCAGACUGAAAAAUACAAUAUGAUGUAUGCAGAAUGGUUGAAGAAAGAUGAAAGGUACUGCAAAAGUCAGAAAAAAGUUGCGCGUGAUGAGAAGCAUCGGGAAAUAUUUGAGAAAACAUUUCCGGAAUUGAAAAAAACACGAGAAGAACGAGAGCGAUGUGGAAGAGUGGGACUUUUAUCCGCAGAACAGUUGGAACAGGAUGAAGAGUAUAAAAGACGACGCGCAGCUGCGGCAUUACCACCAAUGAUGAUGAAUUUAAGGAUGCGCAAUGCACCAUUUUAUAUAGAUUUGAAUGGAGUUGUGGCAGAUGCAUUGGCUGAUCAUAAUGCUCAUAUUGAAUAUUUUUUGGGAAAGUGGACAGAUGAUGAAAAAAAAACUUUCAGGGAGCAAAUUGUUACAUACGGCAAAAAUUUUGCGGCGAUAGCUGAAUUUCUAGAUCGAAAAAGUGUAAAAGAUUGCGUGCUUUACUAUUACUUGACCAAAAAGCGCCAAAAUUACAAAGCAUUGAUGGGAAAGAAGCGGAAGAAGCCGCCAAGAUGUUACAAGCCACCGAUAAUGCCACGCCUUGAAGAAGUAGCACUAAAAGCACCACAAGAUGCGAAUGAUAUCACCAUUGUUGGUUCACGAGAACUUGAGUGUUGUAUUUGUAAAGCAAAAGUGAAUAGUGGUUCAAAUACUGGUCGAAUACUUACUCGUUUAACAUUAGAUGCAUCCGGUUACGAUGCCAGUUCAGCAAAUGAAAUUGAUAUUUGUGUGUGCCAGAAAUGCAAGGCAAAGGGGAUUAAACCAAAAGCUGUGACGCGUUGCCAAAUUGGUACAUGCCACAAUCCGCGCCGGAAAGUGAAACCAACACGACCGAUGCCAGUGAAAUGGAAACUGAUUACGGAUGAACAGAAACAAUUUUUAAUGCAUCAAAUGUUGAUACCAGAAGAUAUAUUAAAAUGUUGCCCUGCAUGCCAUAAGAAGAUCUCUAAACAAUUAGAUAUGCUUAUCGCUGGUGAAUUGGAGGAAGAAAUGGCUUUAUGGAAGAAGUCUUCUGCUGUUAUUUGGAGCAGUGAAGAAGUGGAAAUAUUACGCGCCACAGUCACUUCAGUAGGUGGGAAAGAUUGGGAUGCCGUGGCAGAAAAAAUGGGUAAUAAAUAUAGUGCCAAGCACUGCCGAGAACAGUAUGAAAAGAUUUAUGGUUUGGAAAGCGUCAAAAAAGAAGUAGAAAGCGAAGAUGAUGUUAGUGAAGACGAUAGAGAGAAUCCACAAUUGCAGCAAACUGGUGUUGCAGUUAAGAAUGAUAUUGCUGAACCGGAUCCGAGGUUCGCGCUUUCCAUUCCCGGUGAAAGCAGUGCAACAUUAAGCGCUGAUGAAGCAGCCAAUCACGAUGAUUGUGUUAUUUUAUUGCCUCCAGUUGCAAAAUCACCGUCAACACACUUAUAUAAACCAAGGUUUCGUGGUACUUCUGGACUGGCUUCAGAAGCUCCGAUUUUAUCUGUAAGUAGUUCCCACUUGCAACUGUCAAAAUUCAAGGAAUCAGAAACUAUGUCAUCUUCAUUGACAUGUCGUAAAUCUGACGCAAGUGCCUCCUCGUCGUCGGAUCUUUCGAACAUAGAUGAUAUCACAAAAACGACUUCCCUAGCGCCGCAGUCAUCCUUUGUUGGAAGUGCACUUCUUGCAACACUUACUUCCUCCACUCCGGAUUCGAUGCCUGCACGAUCUUCUGCUCAGAUGGAAAUCGAUAGAUUACCUCCAUGCUCAGUCUCAGUAACGAGAUCGUCAACUUCAACAGUUACCCAGUCGGUUCCGUCUGUACUUGGAAAUAUCGUCAGAGGUUCGAUCACCCAAGGGACGCCUGUGAUGAGACCACCAUCGUCACCAACCCCCAAUAAUGAUUUAUUGUUAGAAAAAAUGAAACAAAUACAAAUGCUUUCUGCUGGAACGGUUGCUACCGGUGCAUCUUUAGCAGCAGCGGUAGCAGCAGCUAAUAAUAUUGCGACAAGUUCCACGCCAUCAGUCCCAACACCAACACUGCAGCCUAAUGCAAAUGCAGCUGCAGCACUUCCUUUUUUACAGAAUUCAUUGGCAGCAGCAGCAGCCGCUGCUGCAUUUCCUACUGCUGCUGCUGACCCGAGUAUGUCGUCGUUGGCUGCUUUCUAUAAUCAGCUAGCAGCAAUGGAUCCCACCAUGCAAUAUGCUAUGACAAUGAAGAUAAUGCAACAAGCUGCACAACAACAUGAAUAUGAACGUCGAUUAGCUGCACUACGAGCAAGCAGUGUGGUUGACCAGUACCGACAGCAGGCUUUGGCUUUGGGUCUUUCUGAGCAACAACAACAACAACAGAUACAGAGCAGCCAUCAGCAGCAACAAAUGAAUGCAUUAGCAAAUGAUCAAGCAAAACUCCUGUUAUGGCAACAACUGAUGCAGCAAUCGACCAAUAUGAAGCCGUUGCAACAACAACAACAACAACAACAACAACAAACAAUACCACAAACAGUUAACUUACAACGUACGGCAGCGGCAAACACAAUGUUAGCUGCAGCUGCAGCGUCCGCAAGUGUACAUCCAUCGGUUGCAGCCCACUUAAGUGCUCAACCAAAUACUCAACAACAACAACAAGUAAAGCAGUUUAUUACAACAGCAACAGCAUCGGCAGCAAUAUCUCCAAAUAUCUCGGGCAGAAUGGCAGCAGGUAGUACAGAAUCGCAACGUACAAACAUGCAACCACUUUCGUCAACAGCUUCUCAACUCUACAAUGAUUUUCGUAAUGCUGAACAAAUGCGUAAAGAGCUAGAUGAAAAUGUACGACAGGUGGAAGCACAACAAAAACUUCAGGAAGAAAUCCGUUAUAUAGAGCAACAGCGAAGGCGUGUCGUCGAAGAAGAAGCCCGUAUCAGUGAUGAAUUAAGCCGAGUGUCGCAGAUUGAAUAUCCACGUGCUUUACGAUCGCAGGAUGGCGAGGCUGCGCGUGUUCAUUUGCAAACUAUAGAACGUCUUAAGGAACGACAUACAGCAAUGCAGCAUUAUUUGCGAGCUUAUGACGAAGGAUUAAAGGCACUCAGUGGAAGAAGUGCAUUAACAUCUGCUGGUUCUCCCGGAGUAAUAGUGAGAGGUAUGGGUGACGAACGUACUACUGCCGCUAGUGGUCCUGUUAGCAAAGGUGCUAUGAAGGAAUUUCCUCCAUCGGUAACCAGGAUUGGAGUUACUUCAUCAUCACAGACUAUAUCUGGUCAGAGUCUGAUUGGCAUAAAACGAACUUUGAAUGAUUCUGCGCUUGCAGCAGCAGUUGAAGGACGAUUUGCUGGACAGAGCACGUCAUGCGACUCAGCUGCGCCUGAAGGAUGCACUACAAAUCGACGUUCACGUGUUGACUCUCACAUAUAUCGGAAAGGAUUGGACAGCACAAUGUUCGAUUCAGGAUCAACAUCGCAUCUCUUGCGUGCACAGAGCCAUAAUAUGUCUUUCGACGAGGAAUUUAAUCGCACUGAGCAUCGAAAUAUGCAGAAUAACUAUGAAAUUAAGCGGAAAUCAGGCAUUCACACCGUGUAUCUUCCAUCUUUAUCCGAUGUUCACCAUAUUCCAAGUGUGAAAACGCCUGCAGCAAGUCAAAAACGUGUCGCGUCACCGACAGUUACUGCCACUGCGCAUUUUGUUUGUACCACACCGAAUAACUCUCCACCUACAUCUCCACAUCCACAACCACUUGCAGCUUCAGCUCCUUCAACAUCCAUAUCUCGAAUAUCUCCAGCUCAGCAGCAGCAUCACUUUCCUCAGUUUGUGCCCACUUUGUCGCAGCAUCAAGCCAGAUUUUCACCAUCUCAGUCCACCUCUGCUCCAAGUACUGUAAGUGUUUCUCCACAUGGACUUCCAACGACUGCUAUUCUUGGACGUCCAGUCGUAAGCCCCGUAAACAGUUAUACCUCUGGAGUACGUACUCCAGUUUCCGCACUCGUUUCACCGCGGACACCCCUUUCCAUCAAUCCAAAUCUGCCAUGUUCACAUUCAACACAUGUUUCACCACGUAAUUCAUCAAGUUUACUCGUAUCAACACCUACGACUUCGUCUCCUUUCCAGAUAUCGACAUUAGGGAUCUUAUCACCGAAGGUAUCAUCUCAAAGUAUCUCCAGUUCACCGACAUAUCAGACACCUGCAGUUGUUCCUGGAAAUACUUUGGGCGCAUCGGUUCCUUCCAUGCUUGUAACAGGCGCGGUAGAUGUUAAUGAUGAUGGUGCGAAUGCGAUAAUAACUGCAACUGAGGACGAAGGAAAACAAACCCUUAUAGAAAAUCAGCAGCGCUCGGAGUCUGUUGCUGUCGCGAAUUACGAACCGCUAUCACCUGAUACCUCCGAUACCGCACCUACAUCUCAAACAGACUCUUCUACCGAUCAGGCUACAAAUUUACCUCUUUUUUCAUUUCUGAAUUUGCCGGAUAAUGGAAAUGGUACACUAAGUGCUCCAACAAUCCGACCAGUUGCUUCUUCUCCGGAUGAUUCCCUGUCAAAUACGCGAAAUAUACCAACUGCAAAUAUUAUUCCACCUCAGUUAAUAACAACAACGACAAGUGGGAACAUGACAUUGCCUAUGAAACCACCACCGCAACCGACCUAUGAACCACUUUCCGAUGAUGACGACUGAUAUCAGUCAGCUUUUUGGUUUAAUCGAAAUCUUAUUUUGAUAGCAGCUGAGCGAGAUAGGAUUUAAUCUUUGUGUUGUAACUAUACUAACCUUAUGUUAAUGAUGACAUUUGGAGCAAAAGAAGCUGUGGAUGAAUUGAUAUAUAGCUUUG